UUAAUUUUUUCAAAAACAUAAAAGGUUUUACAAGUAAAAUUUAAAAUAAUUAAAAUAUUUAUUCGUAAAAAACUUUAGCCAUUGAGGUCAUGUACCCCCCCUUCCUAAAGGCCUACAUCCACCACUGGUUAUGAAUAUUUAAAAACUAAGGAGGGGUAAAACCGUAAAAUGUAAAAUAGAGGAAAGGAUAUAAUUGUCCAGUCAUUAAAAAUUGUAGUGGCAACUGGCAAACGGCACCCUUUUUAGUCAAUCCAUCUAAACGGAAAUCCAAGUUUCGGCGGCAAAUCCAAACAAUUGUCUUCACUGCUCUGCGAAAUUUUCUAUUAUCAGUCAAUCAAUAACAACAGCGUUCUUGGUUUUAAGUAACUAUCAUUUAUCCAUCACACAAGACCUACAACUAUUGUUAAUUUCCAAUCGCCUUUCAGAAUGCUCCAAGUCACAGCUUCUGGUUCUCUUCAACCAUCAUCAAACCCGUAUCCUUUCCAAAUCUGUAGAACCCCAAUUGAACCUGCUCAAUUACACGCUGUAUCACUCAAAACAGCAACUUUUCAUGAUCCUUUGAUAUCUUCUCGCCUUAUAUCUCUCUAUGCCCACUCUAAAUGCAGCAGUCUUGAUCAUGUCCGAUCUGUGUUCGACCAAAUUCAAGAACCAACAUUGCAUUCUUGGAACACCCUCAUCAAAUCCUACGUCGAAAAUCAGCGGUCACAGGAAUCCCUCUUAAUGUUUCUUGAAUUUAUGUCACGGUCGGGUUUAAUGCCUGAUGUUUUUACUCUGCCUUGUGUGAUCAAAGCGUGUGGAAGAUUAAUGGCAACAAAAGAAGGGGAGCAGAUUCAUGGGUUGAUUUUGAAAAUCGGGUUAAGGGAUGAUGUAUUCGUUCAGAGCAGUUUGGUCAGCAUGUAUUCCAAAUUCAAAGAUAUUAAUUCCGCACGGAAGGUGUUCGAUGGAAUGACUGAAAAAGAUUUAGUUUCAUGGAACUCCUUGAUGGAUGGGUAUGUGAAAUCUGGUAACAUUGAACUUGCAAAGGAGUUGUUCGAUGAGAUGACAGAAAGAGAUGUCGUCUCAUGGACUGUGAUGGUCGACGGACUCUCCAAACAUGGCAAAGUUGAUGAUGCCCGAAAGGUGUUCGAUGAAAUGCCAAGCAGAAACUUACCAUCCUGGAACGCAAUGAUUAAUGGGUAUAUGAAAGCAGGCGACUUUCUUUCCGCCCAUAGCUUGUUUGAUCAAAUGGAAGACAAAGAUAUAAUCACAUGGAACUCAAUGAUAGCAGGGUAUGAAUGCAAUGGAAGAUUUUCAGAAGCUUUAAAGUUGUUCACCCAACUUCUAAAUUCAGGUUAUAUACCCACUACUAGUACUUUAGUCAGCACUCUAUCUGCUAUCUCCUAUUUAGCUCUUCUCACCAAGGGAAGAUGGGUUCAUUCCUAUAUAGUAAAAAACAGUCAUAAAUUAGAUGGUAUACUCGGUACUUCAUUAAUUGAAACAUAUUGCAAAUGUGGAAGCAUCGAGAGUGCUUUAAAGAUAUUCAAAUCUAUACACAACAAAAAGUUAGCUCAUUGGACUGCUAUAAUAGUAGGUCUAGGAACCCAUGGACAAGCUAACCAUGCUCUUGAAUUAUUUCAAGAAAUGCUAAAACUCAACAUCAUCCCUAAUGGUAUAACAUUCAUUGGCGUAUUGAAUGCGUGUAAUCAUGCGGGUUUGGUCAAAGAUGGUCAAAGAUUCUUUAAAAUGAUGGUAAAUGAUUAUAAAAUCGAACCUACAAUCGAACACUACGGUUGUCUUGUGGACAUUUUUUGUCGUGCGGGCUGUCUUGAAGAAGCUAAAAAUGUGAUAGAAUCAAUGCCAAUGAAACCAAACAAGAUAGUUUGGAUGAGUUUGCUUAGUGCUUCAAGAAUCUAUAAAAAUGUUGAAAUUGGGGAAUAUGCGGGACACAAUGUGACACAAAUCGAUCCAAAAUGUAUUGAAAGUUACCUCCUUUUGUCUAACAUGUAUGCCACAACGAAUAAUUGGGACAAAGUGUCACACAUUAGAGAAACAAUGAGGAAAAUGGGAUUGAAAAAAGAUCCGGGGUGUAGCUUUAUCGAGUUUGAAAAUGGUGUUCAUGAGUUUAUUGUGGGAGAUAGAUCACACCCUCAAAGUAAUGAAAUAUACCAUAAGUUGAGUGAGAUUAGGGAGAGAUUGAAAAGUGUGGGACAUGUACCCGAUAAAUCCCAAGUUUUGCUUCAUAUUGAAGGGGACAAUGAGAAGGAGAUUGAAUUGGAAAGCCAUAGUGAGAGGUUAGCAAUUGCUUUUGGAUUAAUUAAUUAUAAACCCGGGAUUCCAAUUCGGAUAGUGAAGAAUCUUCGUGUUUGUAAUGAUUGUCACUCGGUUACAAAGCUUUUAUCCAAGAUUUAUGAUCGUGAAAUUAUUGUUAGGGAUAAUAAUCGUUAUCAUCAUUUCAAAAAUGGUUCAUGUUCUUGUAUGGAUUAUUGGUGAAAUCUUGUGAAGUUGAGUUGAAGUUACAUGAUUUGACUUUGUAAAAGUAAUUUAAUAUUUUAAUGAUAUAAAUUUAGUUCUACUCAAUCUCAAGUUUAUUUGUUGGGUGACAACACUUCUACAACAUGAACCACUUCCAUAACAUAAUCAUAAAGAUAAUAACUCAAGAAAAUAAGAUCAUAAGAUUAAGUGAAAUAGUUCCUUGAUAUUGCAUAAGGAUUAUCAAAUCUACACAUUCAACUCAUUUUCCGGGCACAAAGUUGGUAGCAUAAGCCCAAGCAUUGUUAGCAACCGGGUCAGCAAGAUGGUCAAACAAAUUCUCAAUCGGACCCUUCCCUGUAACAAUAGCCUGAACAAAAAACCCAAACAUAGAAAACAUCGCCAAUCUUCCAUUUUUAAGCUCCUUAACCUUCAAUUCAGCAAAAGCUUCCGGGUCAUCAGCCAAU